AGGGACAAACUUCCUGCAGCGCUCCGGCAGAGCCGCGCUCGCUUAGCACAAGCUGCUGUCGACCCAUCAGCGGCCGCCGCAGCACACAGGUCACCUGGACUUUGAUAACAAUGGGGGUGAAAGACCGCCCUCAGUGUUACUUUGAUGUGGAGCUCAACCGAGAGCCCGUUGGGCGCAUUGUCGUUCAGCUUUUUUCAGACAUUUGUCCCAAGACCAGCAAAAACUUCCUUUGCUUGUGCACUGGUGAAAGGGGAAGUGGGAAAGUCACAGGGAAAAAGCUGUGCUACAAGGGCUCUACUUUUCACAGAGUUGUGAAAAACUUUAUGAUUCAGGGAGGCGACUUCACAGAAGGGACUGGAAGAGGAGGGGAAUCCAUAUAUGGUGGCUACUUUGAAGAUGAGAAUUUCACUCUCAAACACGACAGAGCCUUCCUGCUGUCGAUGGCCAACCGUGGGAAGAACACCAACGGUUCACAGUUUUUCAUCACCACUAAGACGGCACCUCACCUGGAUGGGGUCCACGUUGUCUUCGGCCUCGUCAUCUCUGGCUUUGAAGUGAUAAAGAAGGUUGAAGGGCUGAAGACCGAUUCAGCAAGCAGGCCGUACGCUGAUGUGAGAGUGGUGGACUGUGGACAGCUGAUCACCAAGUCUGCCAACGAUGUGCUUGAGGCCAAGCGGAAAAGAAACUCCCACUCUGCUGACUCGUCCCUCAACUCCACUGACUCAUCCUCGCACUUUUCCUCGACCGAAAGUGAAUCGGAAGAAAAGCACAAAUAUCACAAGCACAAAAGACAUGGAAAAAGUAAACGAUCGAAAAAGAGAAGAAGAGAAGCGAAGAGGGAGAAGAGCGUGAAUGUUCUGCCUUCAAAUGAAAGCCAACAUGAAGAAAAGGAGAUGCUGGAGGAAGACAACGAGGCAGAGGAGGAGAGAGAUCAGGGUGGGAAGAGGGAGAAGCCUGUUGUUCGGCCGGAGGAGAUCCCGCCUGUGCCAGAGAACCGCUUCCUGCUGCGACGGGACAUGCCGUCUCAGGAAGAUAAACCAGAAGUUGUCGUGAAGGAAGAAGCAACUCUUUCAAAUGACCAGAAACCAGCUGUGUCCAAGUCUGGACGGAAGAUUAAAGGCAGAGGAACUAUUAGAUAUCACACUCCUACAAGGUCAAAGUCCCGCUCUGUAUCCGUGGAGCGUGGGAGCAGUGAAACUCCACCUCACUGGAAAGAGGAAAUGAAGAGAACCAAAACUUAUCAGCCCCCGAACACGGAGAGGUGGAGCAAAGGAGACAAAUUGAAUGACCAUUCCUCAAGCAGAUGGGAUGACAGAAGUGACUCUGCAUGGUCCCGGUCUGCAGAACACUCCUCAGAUCGCAACUCCGAGAGGUCCAGCCAGCAGCAACCAUCGAAAAAAGAGAAGAAGAAGAAAGCCAAACACAAGAAGAAAGCCAAAAAACACAAACACACCAAGAAAAAGAGCUCCAAGAACAAGUCUCAUGAACACCGUGUGUCAGAUGGUGAAAAGUCGUCGUCUUCGGCUAGGAAGUCCAGAAGAUCCCACUCACCGACUCGUUCUCCUUCAAGUCCCCGCUCGUCGGUCAGGAGGAGACGGCGGUCGUCGCCGUCUUUCUCCCGGUCCUACUCCAGGUCCUACACAUCCAGUCGAUCCAGAUCCCGAGGAAGGUCUCGGUCUUAUUCAAGGUCCAGAAGCUCUUCUAGGUCUAAAAGUCGAUCUUUGUCGAGAUCCCGAUCAAAAUCCUUUUCAAGAUCCAGGUCCAGGUACAGAUCCCGGUCUGUGUCUCAAUCUAGGAAAAGGAACUCCUCUAGAUCUCCAAGGAGGAGAAAAGCAAGCAAGCCCAAACCAGAGGCCACGAUCACUGAGAAACUCCCCGAGAACAAGAUCCCGCCUGUUCCCAGACUGCCAACGAUCCCAGCCCCCGAGAAGGUUGCCGUGAUUCCAAUGAGCGACAGCCCUCCUCCAUCACGCUGGAAACCCGAUCAGAAACCCUGGAAGCCCUCUUAUAUUCAUAUCCAAGAGAUUAAAGCUAAAGUAGCCUCCAACAGGACGUCCUCCAGUGGACAAGCAGUUGCCAGCGUUACAAAAAACAUCCAGACUUCAGUUCCUCCAAAGUCUGAAGCCACUGAAGUUGACAAAGCACACAAAGCUGCACGCCGUUCCCGGAGUAGAGUUUCCAGGAGUAAGUCAUACAGCCGUUCUUAUAGUGGCUCCCGGAGCAGAAGUUCUAGUAGAUACAAGAGCAGAUCAUCUUCCUACAACAGAUCAGACUCUGAAAGCCCCCAGAAAGCAAAUAGCAAACUAUUAGACGGGGAAUGGGACAAGUAUUACAGUUCAGUGAGUCGGAUAAAGAAUUUAGAUAAGUACAUUUCACUCAAAGGUAGCCAGGACGGUCUCUCGGGCUCGGAGAAGGACACUAUCAGUGAGCGUAGUCAUAUCAGUGGCUCUUGUGAGCACGUAAAAGAGAAGGAAAGCUCAGAAGAUCCCGAGACAAAACAUGACAACUCCCUGCCAACCGGGAGCUACAACAGCAAGUCUGAAUGGGACAGUGACGGCGAUCAAGUGGGCCGCAGCAUCACCGCCGCCCCGUUAAAGAAGCAGAAACAGCCGGCUCAGUCCAGCCAAUCACUGGACCAGAAACUGUCCGGGUGGAAUUCAGAGAGUGAUUCUGAAAAUGUAACAAGCAGGACCUUAGCCAUAUCUGAGAAAGAGGAAGGGGAGGCGAGUUCAGAAUCGGAUAACGAGGCCUCGAAUCGGAACGCAUCAGACGUGGCACACAAGAUCACCGCCGCUGCCACCGCCGCCACGUCUUCUGUUCAGGCAGAUGACAAGCCUGACAAAGCUGCAGCGCAAGAGAAGCGCAAGAGUAAGAAGAAAGCUAAACGGAAGCAUAAACAUAAGAGGAGAGGCGUGAACAAGAGCAGCUCUCGUCACAGUAAGGACAAAGCAAAGAAAUCGAAGAGAAAGCAUCAGAAGCUGAAGGAGAGUUUCCACUGGCAGCCGCCUUUAGAGUUCGGGGAGGAGGAAGAGGACGAUGAAACCAAACGGGAAAGACACAGUCCAGGAAGAGAAAACCAGAGUGAAUACAUGAACAAAAAAGACCCAAAUCCUACCAGUUUGAACAAGAAUCCUACUAGAGAAGAAGAAGAAGACAGGGGUCCGCAGAGAUCAAAGGAGAGUUCCAACAAAAACACCAAACACUCUGAACCUCAUCAACAGUCGUCCAACAGAAACAGCGCUGUCAGCAGCCAGUGGUCGAGCAUCAAAGAGCAGUCUUUAGAUGACAUGGACAUUUGCACUCCAGAGCACAACGCGGAGAUUCUCGAACCUCAAGUCAUACGCGAUCCCAAGAGCAACGACUCCGACCCGACCCCGACAUCUACCUCAAAGUCCUCCGAGACGGCAAGCAACGAUGGCACCUUACCUCAGAGCAGAGAACAGUCGGCCACUGCCGCAACAGCUGGCAAACCCGUGUUCAAUUUCAAAUGGAAACCACUAAAAGGGACGUCAGCCAUGCAGAAUGCGAGUGCAGCGCCGGUCGCUUCGAAAAACACACCAAGUCAAGAGAGCCAGAACUCUCAGGGGGUGAGGAUGGAGAUAAAGAGCAAAAGUCGAGUCCGACCGGGUUCUCUGUUCGACGAGGUCCGUAAGACCGCACGGCUCAACCAGAGGCCCCGAAACCAGGAGAGCUCGAGCGAGGAGCGGUCUCCGUCCGUCGGGAAGGACAGGACAAGCUCCCCUAAGAAGUCCAGGAACUCCCGUUCGGUGUCCAGUCACCGCUCGCACUCCAGAGGCUGGUCCCGCUCCUACAGCAGGUCCAGAAGCAGAUCCCACAGCUCCAGCUACUCCUCCAGGAGUCGCAGCAGGAGUCGGGGGAGACGCAGGAGAAGACGCUCUCACUCUCGCAGCAGCACGUACCGGAGUUACAGGAGCCGCAGUCGGAGCUACAGCAGAAGUCCUUCCAGAGGCCGCUCCUAUAAGCGACGCAGGAGAUCCAGGUCAGACUCCUACGACAGCUAUUCCAGUCGGAGUCGGAGCGGCAGCAGGAGACGAGGGCGCAGACGGAGCCACAGUUACAGGAGCUCCGAGCGUCGAUCCCGGUCGUACCGCUCAUCAAGUGGCAGUUCAUCGAGGUGCAGGAGUCACAGUCGCAGCAGUCGCUACAGCUGAGGUGCAGCUCGCCCAUGCUGAGAGGACGGCCCUGUAGCCUGCCUGCACCUGAGGAGAUCAGCAACUGAAGCUGCAGGAUGAAGAGUUCUCCUCCAUCCUCUUCAUGUUUUAAUACUGUACUGAAUGUUCUUGUAGAUAAGCGGACUGUCGUCACACAGAAGGACCUUGUAGAAUGUAUAAACAGUAUAUUACAUUAAAAGUCAUCCGUCCUUCUUUUAGGGACUGUUGCAGCUGGGACCAGGAAGGUCAACAUCUGCAGACACUUGACUGAAAUAAAUAUCAAAUGUGUACUAUCAGAGAAACAACGUUUAAAUAUUCAGAUGACUGUAUAGUUGUGUAUUCUUUUUCUACUUCAGUCUUUUCUAAACUGAACUAUAGGUUGCAAUACUGUCUAAUCCUUAGUUUGUAUGUGUUUGAUAAGUUUGUGGGUGACAAUGUUGUCAACUUGAGGUUAAACCUCAAGUUUUAAAAGAAUUCCUUCUAAGGAGAAGUUUCUGUAACUGUUUUUCAUUACUUUUAUUGAGCCAUGAAUGUUUAAAACUGUACUCAGAAGUAUAGUCUUUCUCAUUUUCUAUCAUGCUGUUACGAAUGUUCACCUUUAAUAAAUACCACCACGUCUCGA